GGUGUGUCGCUGCCGGUACCGAAGCAGUGUCGAGUAAAUAAGGACAGAUGGAAGUUCGGUCGUUCGUGGUUUCGCAAUGGAGGAGUGGUAUCGUCGUCGCGGUGUUAUAAAAAUGCCCGGAAUUUAUCGCUCAAGUAACCGGCCGGGUCAAGAAUCGAGUACCGAAGACGGCUAAGAGCAAACCGACAAUACCUCAUCCUUGAAUAACUCGACGCGCCUCGUUAAUAAAGGCGAACAACCGCCGAUCAGCCGUGACACAGAGGCUCCAGAGCCUGAGAGCCGCGUCUUUGGCAGGUAAUCGCGAGGCAUAAAUCGUGCUCCGCAUUUAAUCAAUCGGCACGUGCGCGUGCCAACGGUACUGCCCUGCAUACGAACAAAACAGCCCGAGACUCGGUAUCGUCACAGUCGCCAGUCGGUUGUUUCUUGCCGUCGCGCCGUGUGAGUGAGAUAUUUGGCGGAGCUAAGAAGAGAAGAAGAAGAAGAAGGUGAAGAAUAAGAAAACGUACAGUGUGAAAGUUGGCGCUUUUCCCCCUGGGGGGGAGUUCGAAGUGCGGGUAAUCGAAUAAACGGGUGCUGCUGCUGCUGGUUGCUCCGGGAAGAGAGUCUAGUCCCUGUCUCUUCGAGUCCCGGUAUCGCCAUAUCUGGAGAGACUUAACGGUAACUCGAUACUCUCUAAGCCAGUUGUAAAUAACUACGCGAUAAUCGUCGCCGUCGCAUCGAAUCGGCGACGAACACCAGCAUCGUCGUCGUCAGCAACAACAACAACAACACCAACAACAACAACAACAACAACGGCAUCGAGUCAAAUUCCCUGGGCGUGUAGCCGAGUCGGAGCGGCCAGGCUUUCGUUCGUUCGUUGGUUGUUGUCUUCGUCGUGGUCUCGGUUAACGGAUAGGAACGGUACCUGUGUGCCUACAGAGUGGGCUGCAGCAGCCGCCCUGCAAGGUCGGGGAAACAAGUGAGCGUCGUCAUCUCGUCGGCCGCCCGGAGCACCGUGAAGUUGGCCGUCGUUCGGCGAAGUUUUGAGUGACAAUUGCGAAUCGCCUCGAUCCGACAUACAAUAUCCCUCCUCCGCGAUCUCGGCACGUGCUACAAUUAAUAUAACCCGCCCCAAAAUUUCUCGUUUUGGUGAUCUCGAUGUGCGCGACGAACGAUAACCAAGCGACGAGAUACGAAGAACGUUGAUAGAAAACUGUUUCCUACGUUCGCGUAUGCAACAAAGUUCAAAAUCACACGUCGAGUCCGCGUUGUUUCGCGUUCGGCAACGAAUUAUGAUAAUUUCACUAAACACCAUAGUUUUUCGUGACAGUGACUUGCGCAGCAGUGACAACGAGAGAUCCUUACGCGUAAAAUAAGUUUUUCCACCAUAACCGAUGUAUAAUAUAUUUGUGUUUCAAGUUUAUUAUUAUUGUUAUUGUUUUUGUUGUUGAUCGUUUGUUGUUGUGUUGUUGUUGGUGUUGUGUUUUUGUUGUUGUUGUUGUUGUUGUUGUUUUUGUUGAAACAGUGAAGAUAAUAAUCUUGUUGCAAGUGCCUCUUUCUCUCCAUAUCUGUCAUCUCUUAUUCGUUUCGAGGAGCGUAUAAAAAUAUUUCUAAACAAAAGAGAGAUAGAGAGAGAGAGAGAGAGAGAAAGUAAACAAAAAAAAAAUAAGUAAAUAAAUAAUUAAAAAAAGGUACGAUAAAUAUUGAAAUGUCGACGGUUGGAUCGGGCUCAAUAUCAAACGCGAGGGUGGGAAGCAACACCACCGGGACAGCAUCGGAAUGUCGGAAGUUUGCGCCGAAUAUCUUCAAUAAAAGCAAGUGUAGCAGCUGCUUCAAGCAGAAGGAGGAACACACCGCCGAGGCGCUGGAAUGCAACAGGGCGACGAGGAAAAUAUCGAAAUGUGGAUAUCUCUUCGUUGCUCCGGGAUGGGAUUUCACAAAUCCGCUGAAUCGCACAAAGAGAUGGCAGAGGCGAUGGUUCGUGCUUUACGACGACGGGGAAUUAACGUAUUCCGUUGACGAACAUCCGGAGACGGUACCUCAGGCAAGGAUCGACAUGACUCGAGUCCUGGAGGUGGCGGCAGCCGAGGACGUCACUGGUCACGCCUACAGUCUCGCGGUUACGGCUCCGGAGGGAGUGACCUUCGUCAAGGGCACCUGUCGGGAAGAGACCAGGUGGUGGGCCGACGUUCUCCAGGUCUAUCCGAGGAACAAGGGAAGGCACAAACGAAACGCGACAUUUCCUGGCGGACAAACAACGAUCCUCCAAGUUCCUCCGGGUGUAAGAAGCAACACGCCGAAUCCUCCGAGGCCGAGGUUCAACAGCUGCAGGUCCGAGCCCCGGGUGAGCAAUUCGAGUUGGAUCCAGGACGUGGAACUCUCCUCGCCAAAGGUGGUAAACGCUCUGGUUUCGCCGCUCGGGUCGGAGAACGGCUUGUCAUCAUCCUCGAAGUUCACCUCGACGACGUCGACGUCGACGUCGAAGGCAACGUCGUCCCCUUCCUCUUCGACGACCACGACGACGUCGACGAUGACGACGACGACGGCGGCGUCUUCUUCUGGGUGCAACCUCACGGUCGGACCGGAAAAACCGCCGAUUGUUCCCGGCGAUACGAGACAGUAUCGAGAUCAGCCGGCCAGCAGCGCGUCUCCGCCUACGAGGGACAAACUCAGGGCCGAAGAUAAGGCGAGGAGGAGAAUGAAUCAGCAGAACGAACGAUCAUCCGGAGCCAAUACAAACGCCGGAAUUCCCUCCGGCGAGAAAUUGGAUGACGAAGCAUGUCGGAGGAUACUUCUUGAGCACGAGAGAGAACGGGAAGGGAAACUCCGAGACAUCGCGGCGUCUCUUACGCAGCCGAGGGUAAGAAGAAACAAACCGAGAACUUCGGAACCCACCAGAGACGUUGUAGACGCCGCGAAUGCCGCUCAUCAGGACAAAUUGAUAAGGGGCGAUCCCGAUGGCUGCGGAUUGGAUAUUUCCGGCACGAGAUACUCACCGACUUCCGAAUUGAGGGUCGAUUUACCCGCCGAAGAUCUACUCAAUAUCAAGAAAGGAUGGCUGAUGAAACAGAGCGUUAACAAGGAAUGGAACAAGCAUUGGUUCGUGCUUCGUGGUUGUGGAUUAAUGUACUACAGAGAUCCGAGCGCCGAAGAUAAGGGCAUAAUGGACGGUGUUAUAGACUUGAACACAGUUACUGCCGUUACUCCCGUAUCCGUGGCUCGAAAUUACGGAUUUCAAACGGUGACGUGGGACGAUCGUGGAACUACGGUAUUAUCUGCAGUUACAGCCGGUAUAAGAUCCAGCUGGAUGACGGCGAUUGGAAAAGCUACGAAUUUACCGAACCCCGAAGUCAAGUGUCCAGAGAAUGAACAGGAUGCUAAUCCCGAAUCUCCUACAACGUCCAUCAAUGAUCGAGAAAGGGAUUCUAUCGUUCCGUCAACGCCGUUAACACCUCGUUCGGUUCUCUUUUCGUCGGACGAAGAGUACAGAACAGCUUCCGAGGGCGGUAGAAGAGAAUCGGGCGACUGGUCGGAGCUUCCGAUAUCACCUCCGCUCACGAGGAACGGGGAGUGGGUCUUGCCGCUAAAGGGGUCCAACUGGCCAGACCAAAUGAAUCACGAGUGGUCCGAGCUGCCCCCCUCGCCUCCGUUAACCAGGACGGCUUUGUCGAGGGUCAAGGCGAGGUCCAGGUCCAGUUCGAGAUCGCGAGGCUACAAGAGGAGCAGAAGCUCGCCGCCUUCCUCGAGAAGAAGCACUCUGGACAGCGUCAGGUCAGAGGAUUUGAUGAUGGCGUGUUGCGAGCUCGGCGAGGAUGAGGAGGAGAGUGCUAAUCAUCUGGCCAAUAACGGGGAUAGCAAUCCGUUGAUAGUCGAACUGCUCGAGAGCCAAGUCAGCAUGCUGAGGGAUCAGCUUGAUCAAAAUCAGGCACACCCGAGUACCUUGCUAGUCAUAAUUGAACGACAGGAGAACGAGAUCGAGGAUUUGAAGUCGCAGCUGAACGCGGCGAGGAGUGAAAUCGUUAGCGCUGAGAAAGAAUUGACCAGGUUGAGGCAGCAAAAGGCCGAGGCUUCGAUAAGGGAAAAACAGGUUGACGAAUUGAUCAAUACCAUCGAGAGAACGGAACAGCAGAGAAAUAAGGAUCUUGAAGAUAUCGAUAAGGCGAAGAAGAUUUAUAACAGAGACAAGGAAAUACUCGAGUGUAAACUGUUGGAAACGGAGGCCAUUCUCAGGGAGACUGCCGAACGAUGCGAAAUGCUCACAAAUGAAUUAUCGUCCAGUCACACGACUGUCGAACACUUACAAAACGAAAUGUCGACGCUGAACGACAGAUUGUCCCAAGGAAUCGAAGAGAACGAACACCUCUAUGCCAGAGUUAGGGAGCUGGAGGAAAGAUCCGGACUUUCUACGGCAAGGGAACGAGGCAGAAGUUUCGACUCUUUCAGUGAUUUGACGAACAUUGACUUGGAUCUGGAUCUAACGGGGAUGGACAAAGAGAGAAUGAUUGAAGAAUAUGAAGAACUUCGAGGACGAUUCGAAAAAGCAAUCUCUGAGAUUAGGGCAAUGCGGAGGGAACUUCGCGAGGCACACGCCACUCAGGAUGCGUUGGAGUUGGAAAUUCUCGCCCACAGACAAGACGCGGCAAGGUGCCGUGAGAACAAUCAAGCUCAGGUCCAACUGAUGGCUGCGAGGAUUCAGGAUCUUACCAACAAAUUGACUGCCAGCGAGAAGCAGGUGCGUUCACUGAAGCAGAAACUGGUAAAGGCCGAGUCUCGGGAUAAGAGGAGAUCGCUGUCUCUUAAGGGCAGGGAGUCGUUUCAGAUAUCUCAAGAAUUGGAGGAAAAGCUCCUUGAACUUGAGGGAAAAAUCUCUGCCAUUGAACAAGGCAAAUGUUUGAGCGCUCCUGCCUCGGCUGGAACCAGCUCCAAGGAGUCAAGUCCCAAUCCAAAGAAGGAGAGAAAGAGAGAGAAUAAAAGCUUGGACAGAGCGAGGAUACGGAGGAAAUCUUUGGACAGCGCGACGAGCUCGGAACCGAUGAAGGUACUGAUCAGGCUGAGCACAUUAGAAACGAAAGUGGCGGCUGUCUCUGAGGGAGUGACGAGUGACGUUGAAAAAGAUUCGAGCGAAUGCAGCAGCGAAAUUAUUACGCCGUCGAAUGAAAUCUCGUUGGAAGUACUAUCGAGGCUCAGGAAACUCGAGAGGGCCGUGUCGAAAUCUAAACGACGACUUGAACGAUGCCUGGGCUCAACCCAGGCUGAGGAGAAGGCUGAAAAAUGUUUGCGGGAAGUUAACGAUAUUCUAGAAUCGUGCGGGGAGUGUAAAAAGAACCAAAAAGCUAGUGCUCAGGCGACAGAGUCAAUAGGUGUAGUUGUAUCUAGACUAGAAUCUAUUCUUAAGGAUAAAAUGAGCGAGUUAACAAAAAGGCGGAUAUCGCUAUCACGCAACGGUCAGUUGGAUGAGAAGGAGAAGCUUAAAUUGAUAGCCGAGAGGAUCGCGUUCGAGUCAGUUGUCAUUGGACAGAUGAAGUGUGCGAUGAGCGGUAAGAGGACGUUCGAUAAGUGUUCAGUUCUUAGCGAAUUGGUCGAAACUAGUCAACUUAUUUCAAACUUAAAAUGUAAGGUACGUGGAACUAAGCCCAAAAUCUACCAAAACACGAGUUACGUUCAGUAUCUCACUAGAGUGUUAGCCAAUAAGUUAGUGCUUGUCGGAGGAUUCGCCACCGCGCCAGUCGAUGCUCCUAAGAAGGACGUUCUGGCGGCGCGUAGCGACAGUUUUACCUUCCUUUUACGCCAGCAAAAGGAAAUAUCGGAAAUAGUCGAUAGGUACAAAGAGUCGAAAUUAAAAGAGCUGGCCAAUGCUUUGGCCGCCGAGACCUUAAGUAUGUCCGAGCAGGACGAUAUCAACAAGCAGAUUAUGAUUACGAAUACUACGAAGCUGCUCGAAGAUAAACGAAUACGCGCGGCCUGGGCGCUUGCUCAGGAAACCGUCAGCAAGGAACUCGUCCGGUCCGAGGUCUCUCACGUGAUGACCAAAUGUGGUCAGGAUUACGAGCAAAACAUCACAUCUGUCUCUGAAUUUUGCCUCAAUUUCGACGCCUCCGAACGAACCAGUUUAGAGUUGUGGACCGAUGCGGCACAGUUGAGGCUGCGACAACAAAUGGAGCUCGCUAUAGACGAGCUUUCGACCGCCUACGAAGAUUGUCUCUCUCAAAUGAAGAGGGUCAAACCCCUCCUGGAUUCAAAGUAUGAGUCGAGACAACUGCUCACGGAAUUUGCCGACGUUAUCGCCCAGAAGGCUUUGAUAGACGCAAGAAUCGAUACUUUGCAAGAAAAUACUAGACCAAUGUUGGUUUGUUCCGGCGAGACUUUUGCGUCUAGUCUCAUCGAGAUCGAAGACGUACUUUCGAAGCUUGUGGGCGAGGAUUAUACGUUUGAAAACGAUCCUCAUCUCGACGCGGAAUACGAGUACCUGUAUCAGCAGUUCUCGAAAGAUUGCCAAGAACAAAUCUCUGGAAAGCAGCAUUCCAAAGAACAGUUGAAAAGCCUGAGUCAAUCGUUGGCUUAUCUUGAGGAGGAUCUCGUCAAUCUGGGGAAGUAUAUUUGCGGGGAUAAAAUCGAUCCAAGUUUUGUUUGGGCUAGAUCAAAUUCCUUCAAUUUUGACUCUUACCAAAGUAUAUGCGACAAGUGUUCAGAGCUCAGAAAACGCGUCAAGAGAUUCAAUGAUUACGCUAAAGGUUUUUCGUGCGAGCAAUGCAAUCAGCUCCAAGAAACAAUCCAACGACUGAGGGCUGAGCAUAACGAGGAAUUGGAAAAGCUGAGGAGGAGUCAGGAGAAGGAUUUAAUGGACAUAAAAGGCGAGCUGGACAACCAAAGAUACUCGCUUACUUCGCAGUACGAACACGAAGCUGCCACUCUUAGGGAGAGAGCGCGGAAAUUGGAGAGUCGACUCAACGCUAUGGAUUCCGAGCACUCAGCUCACGUCAACGAGUUACGUGCCGCUUAUCAACGCUCCAUCAGCGCAGAACUUGACACAGAUGCAGAGACCCGCAAAAGGUACAAAGAGGAGAUAAAACAGCUCAGAGGAUUGUGUGAAAAGGGUUUACUGGCUAUGGAGAAUUCUCACCGAAGAAUUAUAUCCGAAAUGGAGGAAAAACACAGGCAGGAACUGGAGAGUUUGAGGAUAGAGAAGGAGCAAGCUCUUUCCGAAGAGACGCAAGCCACGCUUGCCGCUCUGGACGCUAUGAGAAAGGCUCACGAGCACGAGGUUCAGAAAGAGAUAACAAAGUUUAAGCAGGAAUUCCUCAAGCAGAUGCAGGCUAGAGAAGAUAUUGGGGCGCUUCACAAAGAGCACGAAGAAGAAAUGGAAGAGAUAAAGCAAGAGAUUCUUUCCCUCUCCUCUAAGUAUUCGUCAAAGUGUGUUGAGUCUGCUGCACUGGAGGAGAGGGUGGGAUCCUUGGCGAAACAGCUUUCCCAAGCACAACAGCAUAUCCUUCAACUAGACGCCAGGAACAAGCAACUACGUGCUCAUAUUGUAUCGGAGAGUAACGAUAUCGAACUAAACGAGUCGGUCCAGCUGUUAAGGGGCAGAGACAACGAGAUAGCCCAGCAGAGGGAAGAAAUACAUCGACUGCAACAGCAACUAAAGCAUGGGGACAACACCCCUCGUCAAUCGUCGAGCGGGCCAUCAAAAUCUCCAUCAUUAGACUACUCGCCGGCGUAUACUCAACAUCAAAUAAGAAGUAGUCACGAGCCAAUAAUCAGAGCGGGUAGCGAGGAUUCAAAACUAUUUAGUACGCGUCCUAAGAGUUCCUCGUCUCUGCAAAAAUUGCUAUCUUCCGAUAAGCCAGGUCCAUUUUCUUAUAAACUUGAACGAAUCAAAUCAAUAUCACUGCCGUAUUCGAACGAUCUGAUGAGGCAGCAGGGGUCAAGCUCAAAUGCAACAAAACACGAUAACAAAGAUACUACAAUAAAUUUUGCUCAAUCAAAUCAAGAGCAUAAUAAUGGUCUGACUUCUCCACUUUGGGACAGCUUAAGGCCUAGGAGUGGCUUGCCCCAUCAGUAUCAAGGUGGCACAACAGCGAUGCGAAUUAGCAGCAGCAGCGGUGACGCCAGGUGGCAGGAGAGUAAGCAAGGUCAAAAACAGCAACACCAGGAGACAUUCACCCUCCGUUCAAACACUCGUCACCCAUCCCGCCUCACCCCGGAACCCACAGCUCUCUCCGUUGCAGAGUUGACGAGGUCUCCCUCGGUGAGGUGGUCAGGCAGAAGUUGUCGCAGCCUGCCACCAACGCCAACGCCGACCUAUCAUCACCCCCUUCACCCCCCACUCCCGGCAGUGGGUAUGGUCGCUGAGAGGAAGAAACGUUUUGAGCUGUAACCCACUUGUCGCUCUACAGAAAUUACUUGUGCCAAAAUUGGUUUAUCUUUUUCUUUUUUGUUUUCAAUUUUUUUUCUAGGGAACUCGCUGCUUAGCGGGCGAACAAUCUUUAUUUUUAUACGAUUAUUUCUGGCGAUAAGCACAGACAAUUAUUCUACAAAUCUUCACUUCCAUUCUGCUGUCCUAUUUGGAGAAGAUCUACUUCAUCUUAGAUAACAAAGUUAGGAAAUCGGGACUAGAUACAGUUUUGUGUAAACAAUCGGUUUACUUUCAAUAAGGUGCGAAGAGAAGAAUUGUGUUCAGAGGAUCGAUAAGUUUAAUAAUUGAAUGAAAAAUUCAACCACCAUAAAAAAAAAAAAAGAAAAAAACAAAGUUAAGUAAGCUCGACUGGGCUGAUUACAAAUGUGUAACUUGGGUCGUGCGUUGAUA